GCCCGAGCUCACCAAGCCUCUCUGUUCCCCUGCUCCACCUCUCCGUCCGUCCUCUGCUGUCAAGCAACCGCCCCAACUCCGGCAAGCAACCUCAGCCCAAAGAGAGGAGCAAGAUGGAGGUGGAGAUGCAGCUGGACGACGACCUCUUCUUCGCGGAGCUCAGCAAGCGGAUUUCCCUCCUCAUCACCGACGACGACGAGGCCGACUUCGCUGCCUCGCAGUUCCCCGCCGCCGUCCACCUCCCGCCGGGUUUCUCCAUGUCCAUGGCGCCCCAUGUGCCGUCGAUGUUGGCGCCACCGGCCUACACGCUGUUCCACCACGCCGCAAGCUACGGCGCCAACCACAGCGCCGGCGACGCCGGGAGAACGUGGCAGCAGCAGCAGCAUCAGCAACCUCAGCAGCAGAAGCAACAACAGUGCGGCAGCAAGGGCACCGGCGUCUUCAUCCCCCGGUCCACGCCCGGCUCCGCGCACCCCAAGAGGAAGGGCCGGAACUGGAGCGGCUCCAAGGCCGCCGCCCACAAGGCCAAGGCCCAGGCCCAGGCCGACGCCGGCGUCGCCGCGGGCGCGCCCACCAAAAGGCGCGCCUGAAAACCUGCUCCGAAAAAUGCACCCUAAAAAUCAAAAAAUGGCCGACUAAUUAAGUAGCUCCAGAUGCAGGCGCUGGGUUCUCAAAUGGGGAUUGGAUUAAUUACAUUAAAUUAAUAUGCUUAAUUGUGUAUUACCACCACUACUACUGUUAUAAUAUGGUAAGUAAAUAAGCCAUUGUUGCUCCCAGGGCUAGUUAAAUGUGUAAUGUGAGCCCUAGGGAUGCAUGCACGCAGGGGGAGGGAGGGACCGGGGGCACGCCACGCCAAUAAUAAGCGGCGGAGCACGUAGUAUUUUAGGGUACUACCGCCUCCUGCCCCCACCAUGGAGUGGAACUGUAUGUAUAGUAAGGCUGGCGUGCAUGUGGCGGUGCCGUGGCGGCUCCCUCGGCUGGGCUGAUUUUUGUAAUCUCUACUCUAUUCUUUUUUCUUCUGUAAGAUUAAUGUACUGCUGCUGCUCCAUUGUUAAAGAAUGCAACGAGUAAUGAUUGAUGUCU